CAGUAUACAUCCUCAAACAAAUGCCUCUCUUUGAAUCGAAUCUGUAACUAGUAAAGACAAAGCAAAGCCAACUCCAUCCGUAGAUAUCAAACUAACUUGUACAGCCGCCUGAUUCCAGUCUUCAUCUCUAAGGUCGUAGAGGGUAGUAAUUUUCUUAAUGUAAGAGAUCAGCAGAUGUAGCUCUUUGGGGUCGUACACUGGUUUAACCGGCUGCUCAGCCAACUCCUUUUCUAAUUGAGCUAGUCGCUCCCUUUCUGCAAGAUGAAAGUUAAACUAAAAAUCCCGUGCCAAGUGCCACGUGCAGCGUAGGUUUCCACAAUCAGGCCGGCUAAGAAUGGUGUUUUUUGGUUGAACACAACUGUUCAAAUCUUAAUUCUAACUUAACUGUGGCACUUCUCUUUUUAUUUUGAUUAUACCUAGGUACUAUUUCUCUGAUUUUUUCACGUAUCUAGAAACAAACGUUGAACUGGCAAAGAGAGGUGUGGAUUUUCAUCCUGCUCGUAAAAAGGUAGCCGGCUUCCAUUUUAGAUUGCAUCAAUAAUUACCAUCUGGUGAGAUGGUAGUCAAGAACUUGUAAAAAAUAGAAAGAUUGGCGUCUCCUAGCUACAUGUUAUAACCAGUUUGAAAUCAUAAAAUAUAAAAUCUUACCUCUUUCCUCCUCAGAAUUGUGACUCAGAUCGUCACUCCACGUCGCCUUGACCCUCUUAAUACCUGCCAUUGCUGUCGUGCAAAGCUUAGCCUAGCUUAGCUUAACUCUGCUAAAUAUACCUACUCCAAGAUUGCUUAAAACUUCUAUCGCUUACGAAUAUGAACAGUUGGCCAAAGCCAUGUUGUUUGGCAACUGAAAAAACAAAUUAGUAAUUAUGACACUGAAUUAUUUUUAUUAUGCCAAGAUUUGAAACAAAAAGUUUUUUUGUGAUAUUCAAGUUUGUUCUUAACUCUAUGAAUGUAAGUAGCCGUAAGUGGCCACUGGAUCACUCAAAUAUUUAAUAAUACUUAACCUAAUCUGGAUAAAUCUCAAACUAUAAAGGAGUUCGCUUUAUAGGUUGGGUACAAUUACAAUUAUCGACACAAUGAACACUUGACUACGGUAGUCAAGGCAAAGCUUUGCUUACUUGGUAGUGUUAUAACACAAUUUAAAAUUAUGAUCUUAGCCGCCAGACCUGUCAGUUUAUAAAAGCACUAUGCUCCUAUCAUAAAUAGCCAAGUUCUGUAGGCAACUGUGGAGUUUGAUAUUUAGUUGCUUUGUUGAGGUAGCACGUAAGAAAGGUCUAGAAGGUCUAAACCCUCAGUAGUAGAAAAUUUAAAGCGCAUUUUUAUUUUCUUCGGCAAAUAUGAGAACGCCAGCAUCUUGAUCGUCAGACGCCUUCAACCGUUAAAACCUCUUUUCAAUUUAUAUAAUUUUAAACGAUUUUAUUAAUGUUACGAUACAUAGCAGGAUUGAUUGACACACGACGUAGGUCAAAGUUGUAUAAAUUUCCUUUGAUAAUUAUUUCUGCUUGAUUCUGAAUUUCACAAAAUUGGUCGAGGAAUUUUGUAUUCAUAAUACGAGGUAACAAUUACGACUUUCAUAUGAAAUGCUUAUUGGACAGAAUCCCCAACAACAAUCUUUUUCGUGGUCUUGGUCAAUUUUUCUUGAUUGGUUUGUAGCAGCUGCUACGAAUUAUAUUAUACCUACGUUGGUUUCUAGGGCUUAGUAUAUUUUAAAGCAUUGCCUAUUCAUUACUGAAUUAAAAUAUUAAGGGUUCUUCCGCCCAGUCCUAUUAAUUCUGCCACACUUCGAGGUAACAGUGACCAGCAACUCCGACUUGCUGGCAGAUGCAUGCCAGAGAGUCGUAUUUAGCCUCCACGGCGUGAGUUACUGACGUCUUUGGGUGGAUUUUGUUUUUGCGAAUCAUAGAGCGGUGGCACCUGGGACAAGAGGGUUGCCAGAGCUGUAGAGGAGCAAAGGGAUGGUGAAAUCGGUCUAAUCAUGAUGGGUCAUUAGCGACAAUUAAUCUAUACUAAUAUUAUAAAGCUGAAGAGUUUGUUUGGUUGAACGCGCGUUUGGUUAAUCUCAGGAAUUACUGGUCUGAUUUGAAAAAUUCUUUCAGUGUUAGAUAGCUCAUUUAUCAAGGAAGGCUAUUGGCUUAUAUUAUACCCGUAUUCUUACGGGAACGGGAACCACGCGGGUAAAACCGCGCGGGGUCAGCUAGUGGGUGAAUUGUGCAACUGGUGGUCAGUGGUGUCAAGCAUGCCUCGCCAUGUGGUCCCAUGGCGUGGGGCUUCACGCGGACUAGGGAGGCGCGCCGGCGGCUGGCGGGCGUGCUGCGCGCGCUGCUCAUCGUGCAGCUCGUGCUGUCGCUGCUGAUGGUCAUCCUCUGCUAUAACGUCAGCGUCAAGGUCAUGUCGCUGCUCAAGCAUAUACACAGGUACACAGUGUUCCUGCUUUACGGGCUCAUCUUACUGCAAGCUUACGCUAUGAAGCUGCACUAUACUUCUGGGUUCCGUUUGCUGUCUUGGCUGUUACGCUGCCCGCAUUGGCCCCGAGCAGCGUCGAUCACCCGCUUGUGGAUCGUCAGUGGUUCACUGGUGGCAAUCAACGGGCUGCUGGUCCAUGCCGCUUGUAAGAGCACUUUGAAGUCACUAAUGAACGAGCUGGCCUCAUCUCUGCGCACUGGGAUCUCUCACUACCUCACUGAGCCGAUAUGGAAACGCCUCAUCGAUACAAUGCAGGUAGAGCUGAACUGUUGCGGGGUAGAGCGGCCGAGCGACUGGCACGAGAUCCCGUGGAUAAAUAUCGACUUUCUCAACGAGGAAUCGGAAUUAGUGAUGAAGAUAGCGGGAGCGGACGGCAAGGUGCUGCCUCCAGUGUCGCCGUACUCCUGCUGCUCCCCGAACGUGCUGUCGUCUUGCUACCACGAUCCCUUACAACAGAGUGCUUGGCGGGAGGAGUGGUGGCGCGACUCGAUGGCGGGCGCGUCGCUCAACGCGCGCGCGUGCCUGGACGCGGUGCGCGAGCCGCUCGCGCGCGCCACGCUCGCGCUGCACGUGCUCGUCGCGCUCGUCAUACUGCUGCAGGGGGUGAUAAUCCUGCUGAUGUACGCGGUGUGCAAGGGUGCCAUGGACGCGGUGUCGCGCGGAGACUGGACCGAACACCACCACACCCUGACGGAGCAUCAAAUGGAGUCCGAGAUAAGCGUAGGCGCUUGUGCCUUAACGGCGCGUAAACGGAGGCCCAGAAAGAAACUGCGCACGCGCAGCUAUCCCUAUCUCUCUUAGCGGUAUCGUACUCUAGAUCAUAUAAGAUCGUAGAUCAUAUAAAUAUGUAAGAUUGAAUAUAAAUAAACGUUAAAUUAAGUUUUGUAUCAUAAAAAGUAGAUCUAAUUUGCGUUUACUGAUCAUUUGAGUACCUACCCAUACCUAAAUCAAAGAUGGCUAUAUCUCUAAAGGUUGAAACUAUCCGCCCAGUAACCGGAAAAAUAAAUAAACCUGACUAAUUAAAAUAUUUAUUCAGUUAUUCUAAGAAUAAAAUUUAUUCCUACGGUUGAAUAGUAUUCUAUAUGUACUUUUGUUAUUAUUCAGGUAUUCGGUUUUGAGGUACGAUUAUAUAAUAAAAUAUACUCAGACACAUAAUGAUCCGCCCACUUUAAUAUACUCGCGUCAUAUUAAAGUGGGCGGAUAAUUGUGCCUCUGAGUAUAUUAUAAGCAGGUUUUAGACUUAAAGAAAUGGUAAGCAAAUAAAACAAGCGAUAAUCAAUGCAAGGCUUUAAUCUGUUUUUAUUUCAAACAGUUCCCUUACAAUCUAAUAGUUUAAGUAACAAUGCGUGAAUGCGUUCAAGCCGUCGUUUAUGAUUUGUGCGGCGCCAUCUUUAAAUAUAGAUUAUAUAAAUAAUAUACUUUUUAAAUAUUCGUUUUAGGCGCGGCCCCGGGCGCUCCUCAAUCCUAUAUAUUAUCAUCGUUCUAUAUACCAACGUAACAAAUAUACAAAAAU